ACUGUCAUUGCGUUAAAGGGAAAUAUUUUUAAUUAUUUUAUGAUAAUACUUGAACAAUAAUAAAUUAGUUUAUUUUAUGUUAGUGACAGGUUUACUUGGUGUUAUGUUGUUGACGAGCAUUUCUUAUUUAGAACGUUGAAUUGUUAUCAAUUUAAUUGUUUAUAUUGUUUGAUAGUUCAAGCAGUGCUAGUUAAAGAUAUCAUUUAAUUUUAAAUUGGGAAUGAUUAACUUAUAAACAUGAAGGUUGAUUUCAAUGAUUACUUUUGGGGUGAGAAAAAUAAUGGAUACGAUGUUUUAUACCAUAAUAUGAAAUAUGGGCUUGUUGCUAGUAAAGAAUUUGCUGAUUUUCUCAGGGAAAGAUCUAACAUUGAAGAAAACAAUUCCAAACUAUUAAGCAAAUUAGCUAAGCAAGCCAGUAGUUGCUGUGUACAUGGUACAUUUGCACCAGUAUGGCAAGUCCUCAAAACAUCGGCAGAACGCCUCUCAUCUCUGCACAUGCAGAUGGUGCAAAAAGUGUCCGAUUUGGUUAAAGAAGUCAGUAAGUAUGCCGAGGAGCUGCAUAAAAAACACAAAACAGUAAAAGAAGAUGAAUCGGGCACCCAGGAGGCCGUGCAGUCCAUGCAAAACAUAACACUGAACGUUCAAAAAUCAAAAGACACAUACACCCAAAGGGGCAUAGAACUGGAGAAACUGAAACGGGAAAACGCGUCCGCCAGAGAAAUCGAGAAGGCCGAAAUCAAACUGAAAAAGGCACAGGAGGACUACAAGAACUUCGUCGACAAAUAUGCAUCGAUUAAGGAGGACUUCGAGAAGAAAAUGUCGGUUACAUGCAAAAAUUUCCAGGAGAUCGAGGUCAGUCAUUUGCAACACAUGAAGGAGUUCCUGAACUCCUACGCUGAAGUUGUGGAAUGGACGCACGAUCAAAUGGGCAAGGUCCAUGUGGAGUUCAGGCAGCAGUGUGUUGAACUGACGAUUGAUCAACUUUUGGAACAGUUUGUGACUAAUAAAUCCACUGGAUUAGAAAGACCAGGAGUUUUGGAACUGGAGGAUGCCCUCCUGUCUCCCACCCUGGACUCGUCGGAGCGUAGCGAAGUAAAGCCAGCCAAACGCGAAGGUAACGGCAAUAGUGAGCAGACUGUGCCAACACAUGCCAAAACUUCCCGUCGUACAACCUCCCUUCUCAAUCUCUUCAUGUCUAAUUCGCAGGGGUCUCGCGAGAGCAGAGCAGGGCCUUGCAGCGCCCCAUCAAGUCCCACUAGUCCAGAUGGCGACCAACAGCUAACCAGACAUUCCAACCGAGGAUCUAAGUGGUUCUUGAGAAGCCGAAGGGACAAGGCCAAAAAGAAGUCCAAGAAGAAGAAGGACAACACGGACAACCAGAGCAAUAAGGAGGAGAAAUCUGACCUUGAGGAAAAGGAGGAGUCGCAAAGGAACCAACGUACUCAGGGCACUCCGGGCGAUAGCGCCGCCCCGGAAUUGGACGAGGACGGCUACGUGAUCAGACCCAACGUCUCCAACACCUGGAACAACGAGAAGAACAGCUUCUACUCGUCUUCGGACACCGAUUCCGAUGACGAGGGUGGCCGCAAGAUACGCGUGGAGAUCAAGCCGCUGAACAACGGAUCGGCCCCGAUGUCGGCGUCGGUGGACGAGCUACGUGCCACCGUGGAGAAUCUCUAUCUGUCGCCGACCGGCGGAUUCGGCCGUCGCGGCUCGAACCUGGACCAGGACAUGGCGAUCAAGCGUUCGCAGUCCGUGUCGCAGCAGCUGGGCAAGCCAAGUACUGAUUUGUUAGGCCUAAAUUUCGCGCAGAGUCCGACUGCUUCUAAUGCAUCCACACCAACUAGCUCUCAUCCAUAUGCACCGCUCCAAAGUCCAUCUCAGCUGGCUUUAAAUUCACCAACACUCUCGGUCUCCUCUAAAUAUGCCGAAUUGGGAGACCUGUUCUCAGAGGACGGCGAGCUGCAGCACCCGCCCGCCAAGCAAAGCGCCAGACAAACCCCAACCCCCACGUCGGGCUACAUGUCAAUUCCCAGACCGCCGUCGAGAAGAUCGGACGCUUCGCGCAACCUGAUCGGCCAGAGCAGUAUUAGCAGGGCGGACAGCAUCAGCAGUUUGGAGUUCCGCACCGCCUGCGUCCCCGUCGGCGUGUCGAGGGGCCCGUCGCCCCUCACCAUCGGCAUGGCGGACACGAUUCCAUUGGCUGUCGCCUUCCACGAAAUCGUACAUUCCUACUUCAGAGGCGCCGAUGAAGCUAGGUGUCAGGUGAAGAUGUCUGGUGAAAUGAUGUUGAGCUUCCCCGCAGGCAUCGUCACCAUUUUGGCCAACAAUCCUAACCCUGCGAAGUUGGCCUUCCGUGUUAAGAAUACUCAAAGAUUGACUAGUAUUUUGCCUAAUAAACAAUUAGUUUCUAUAGACAAUAUCGAAUCUUCUAGUGAUCAUAUUGGAGUUGAAUUUAAUAUGUCUGCCUUGAGUUCUCUGCUGAAGAAACAAUCGGAACAAAACCCUAGUGCUUCUUAUUUCAAUGUAGAUAUACUAAAGUAUCAAAUUAAAGCAAAACCUGGUGCUAACUCAUGCCCAUUCCAAUUAGUGGCUUAUUGGAAGUGUACGAACGCCCAUACAGAUCUAAAAAUUGACUACAAGUACAAUUCACACGCAAUGGGAUCCCCCACGCCCUUGUUGAAUGUUACUGUUGCAGUGCCUAUUGAUGGGGUUGUCAAGAAUAUGCAGAGCAAACCCCCAGUAGCAUGGCCUCAAGACAACAAUCGAAUAGUUUGGAAGUUCACCGAGCUGUCCCAGCACUCCGACAACCACGGUGUCGGCUCAAUACUGGCCAGAUUCGACAUGGAAAACGGGCCGUCUAACCCAUCGACAAUAUCGACGGCGUUCAAUUGCGAGGGAACAACAUUGUCGGGAAUCGACUUCCAAUUGGUCGGUCCCGGUUACCGUUUGUCUCUAGUCAAAAGGAGAUUCGUUUCGGGCAAAUACAUAUGUGAUGGGGAUCAGAAGUACAGCUCCGGUACCGGCACUCCUUCCACUGGUUCUGCGGCUGCUAGCACGGUGUCCUCCGUCGGGGACCCCAAUUGCUAGCAUUCCCACAUAUCACUAGUGCAAUAUUCGUAUCUACUGCAAAAAGUUUUAUGUCAACUAUUUUUAUUUAUGACUAUUUCCAUGUUAUAUAGCCUAUAUAAAUUUAUAUAGUUUAUGAAUUGCUAUUUUAUAACCAAUAAAAAAUUAAAGGAUAA